GACGCUUCAGUUCAGCUAACACUUUGCGCGGUUAAGCCCGUAUCGUACGCGAAUUUGAAAUUCGAACGUCGGGGGAUUUUUUUUUAAAUUGAUUCGUUGAGGCAAAGGUUUUUACUUUUUAGUGAUAAAGUGUAGUCUACAGAUAAAAAUAUAGAUGGUGAUAAUGGAUGAAGUUGACGAUAUGCCCGUGAGGGACGGCGCCAAAAGGUCCCUGAUUGGCGUCAUCGAUGACGGAACGAGGACAGUCAGAUUUGUGAUAUACGAAGCGGAGCGAUCAGAGGAGCUUGCGGCGUACCAGCUGGACAAAACAGAGUUUCAGCCACAGGAGGGCUGGUACGAACAGGACCCUAAGGAGAUUAUACACCAUAUCAAAACCUGCGCGGAGAAUGCCGUCGGACAGUUGACUGAGUUAGGUUAUUCAAAAGAAGACAUUAUAACGUUAGGUAUUACAAAUCAGAGGGAGACAACUAUAGCGUGGGACAAAUUCACUGGCGAACCUUUACAUCCAGCUAUAUCAUGGAACGACAUACGCACAGACAGUACCGUAGACGCAAUCCUAGCGAAGGUCCCAGACCGGAACAAGAAUUACUUGAAGAGCAUAUCCGGUCUGCCCAUCAGCCCUUACUUCAGCGCGUUGAAGAUGCGCUGGUUGAAAGACAAUGUCAAGUCAGUUAGGCGAGCGAGUCGGGACAAACGGUUGCUAUUCGGAACUGUGGACUCUUGGAUUAUGUGGAAUCUAACCGGCGGGCCUCACGGAGGUCUCCACAUAACGGACGUAACAAACGCAUCGAGAACCCUGCUCAUGAACUUAGAGACCUUAAACUGGGACCCUAUGCUAUGUAGGUUAUUCGGUAUACAUAGAGAUUCCCUACCACAGAUAUACAGCAGUUCAGAAAUAUAUGGAGCAGUGAAAGAUGGAUCUAUAUUAAAUGGAAUUAGGAUAUCAGGCAUUUUAGGCAACCAACAGUCAGCCUUAGUAGGCCAGAACUGCCUACAAGCAGGUCAAGCGAAAAACACUUACCGAAGUGGGUGUUUCCUACUAUACAAUACUGGAACUCGACGCGUGCAGUCCACUCACGGGUUAUUGACCACCGUUGCCUACAAACUGGGACCAAACGCACCCGCUGUGUACGCUUUAGAAGGCUCGAUCGCAGUAGCGGGAGGCGCCAUGAAAUUCCUUCGGGAUAACCUGAAACUUAUCAAGGAUGUCGCGCAAGACACGGAGCACAUCGCCGGGCAAGUGUUUUCCACGGGAGACGUAUACUUCGUGCCCGCCUUGAACGGAUUGUACGCUCCAUAUUGGAGGAAGGACGCUAGAGGAAUCAUCUGUGGUCUUACUGCGUUCACGACGAAAAAUCACAUCAUACGAGCCGCUUUAGAGGCGGUCUGCUUUCAGACCAGGGAUAUCCUUGAAGCGAUGAACAAGGACUGCGGCAUGCCUCUGUCAAAACUGCACGUGGAUGGAAAGAUGACUUCCAAUGAUCUACUGAUGCAACUGCAGGCCGACUUAGUUGGGAUUCCUGUGUUGCGUGCCCAAUCGUGGGACAUGUCAGCGCUGGGCGUGGCUAUCGUGGCGGGACAUUCCGUGGGCGUGUGGAGCUGCGAGCGGUGGCGGCACCACGCUACUCCGGCCGACACCUUCCUACCCACCACCACUGAUGAUGACCGCGACGCGCGAUACACGAAAUGGAAGAUGGCGGUGCAACGCUCCCUCGGCUGGGCGACGACCAAGAAAUCCAUCGCCAUGACAGGUCAGAAACGAAAGAAUAGCAUCCUUCCAGGCGAAGCCCUCACUCCCCCACACAGCCGGAAAAACUCCUACGACAUCGAGAACAUUAUAAACAACAUACGCCCACCGCCGGAAGACGCUGACGUCAUACUAGACGAGAUUAUCCAAUACUCGGCCAGAAAGUUCUCCAUAUUCGUCCCCCUAAAGCAACCCAAAGACGAACACACUAUUCUAGACGACGCAGAGUACUAUAUGAGCAAAAAGGAGUGCGAUUAUGACAUGUGUCAGUGUUGCCAGGGUAAGAAAAAGGUUCUGACAGACUGGCAGACUAUAGAGGAGAUCAUAGAGAACGAUCCAGAGAUAAUUUUUGAUGACGACAAACCGGUUGUGUGCGAAACCAAGCGGGAUAGCGUUUGUGUUUAUGACGAAUUAGGGGAUUUACCUGUAAGGGGUGCCAUCAAAAAGCGGAUACAUAUUAAGAAAAUACCCGCGAUUUUUCGAAAUAUUCGCAAUAGGUUCACUAAUAGUCCGUCGCCAACGUGAAUGUCUAAUACGAAUAUGUACGGAGAAGUAACGUUAUAUGUUUUAGCGUUCUAGAUAAAUAACGUUACAUUUAACGUUAUGAAUAAAUAACGUUAUAUAUACCGUUAUAAAUUACGUUAUAUUCAUUAGCGUUAAUUUUGUUUUUUUUAGUUGUAAUAAUUGGUUAACUACAACCGUCCAUAAGAAAUAGUUAUAUUAAUCGAUUUUUUAUUGUUGGGAAGAACAAAGUUAGCGUCCGGGUAUAAGUGCGACAGCCCAUGCGACUUUUUUGGCAACCUCCCUGACACAGUGGGCUGGGACAAGUUGGAAAUUGUCAAAAGUUAGUCAAAGUUAGUUCUGAUCUGGUUUGUUCAUAAGGCUACAGCCAUAUCUGGCUGGUGUAAUUUUACCGUCUGACAUUACUUCACGUUACCAAAAUAACGUUUUCGGUUAUACCGAUGAGGAGAGUCGGAAUUUCGUUUUCGUUUCGUUAUUUUUUUCGUUAUUUGAAUCACAUCGAAUAUUUUGAAAACUCUCGGGUAUUUUUUUCUCGCUUCGCACAUCGAAUGUUAAUUCCUAGGUAUUAGGUAUUACUUUAUAGGUAUUAUUACUUAAUUAAUUACAUACUUACAGGGAUUUAGAAAAUAUCGUUAUGUAGCUAUUUCAUUGGAAGGACUUGAAAUUUACUAUACAAAUACGGACCGUAUUUGGAUAGAAAAUUUCAAUAAUAGCUUACAGUACUAGUUCGUUUGCGCAGAAAAGCAUAAAUAAUGAAUUAACGCCGACUAAAAUUGAAUGUACAUCAAGGAAAUACAGACCUUAUUGCUUGUUGUCAAGAUUUCAAACACAAAAGCAACAGAAACUCGGGCUAUCUCGCAUAAUUCUCAUCCCAUCUGAUAAGUACUUGUAAAAAACAUGGCGCAAAGGCAACAACCAAUAGCGAGCAUACGCGCGCUAUGAUUGGCUGAGUUAUUUUCACGCUAUUCAAAAAUAUGAUUUCUGCGCAAGUAAAUCGGUAUAACUUAUAAUAUUGGUAGUACUGUAGUGUUAUACCCAAGAAGUUUAUAUGACAUUAUGUUUUUUGGUAAUACCCAAGUAUACUCGUACCUAUAAAGGAUCGGUUGGAAAAUGGCGACCCAAAUCAUUCUCUCUCACUCACUCACUAUGAGACAAUAUAGUGUGUAAGUGAGAUGCUAUGAUUAACGCCGCCAAUACAGAUAUUUAUACUAAAUCCCUUUAGUAGGUAUGUAUAGUUGUUAUAUUUUUAUUAAAACAAUGUAAAUGGCUCACAUACUUAACUUUUAAGGCUUCACUUGAACUUAAAAAUAAAAGUAUUAUUUUACCUA